AGACAGCGACGAGAGGCGCACGCACGACCGCGACAGCGCACCCCACCAGGACAGCGACGGGAGUCGCGAAUGGCUCCAGCUUUCCCUGGACGAUAAGUCGAGGAUGAGCGAUCCGAGUUUUCUUUUAAACCCCGUUGGUAUCGACGUCAGGCGGUUUAUCGAGUCGUUCGGUUUGGACUACCGACGGUUAUUGGCAGCGUUAGCGGGCUCUCGUGCUUUAGUCACGGGUAGAGAGUUCUUACUGCUGAUGGCAGGAUUGCGGGACCCUCGGCUUCCAUUACGGCCUGGGGCCAUUAUUCUCGAUGUGUUGUGUUAUAGUCGUGCGGCACGGAGCACGUUGGAGCUCUUCUUCCGCCAGGCUGGUUAUGCGGUUUCGCGCUAUCGUUGUCGCCACAAUCUCGGAGAGUGGUCUUCGUUGCCGGCCGGCAAGGUGGUCUGCUUAGUACGGGGACAGUUAUCUCAACGAGUCGUUCAUCUAUUGGAGCUUAAGCGUCCUCCUACCGAGGUAGUCUUGAGUCGUACCUACGGGAGCAUGGCGGGUACCUAUCUCACUGGAACGGGAUCGGUCGUUUCGCUAUUUCCUCAUUUGACGUUUGUGCAGCGACGUUGUUGGAUACCUCAUCACAUGAGUCGGUCGGUUCGCGCGAAGAUUCGAGACAAAUAUCAAGAAUGGUCUUUCGGUGAACGCAGGAGCGGUAUAGACUCGCGUCUGGACGAGGUUGGCGCCGAGUUCCGUUCUCCUACGGAUUCAACUUCAUGGACUAUUUCGUUCACCCAGGAUGGGGCGAUAAGUGGUAUAGUGGUACCGUCGUGGGUAGGGUGAGUCCUCUUGCUAUUUCUGCUUCUUGUAGUAUCUCUCUUCGAUAGUAACGCUUAAGUUUGUUACUGUAGUACAUGUCCUGCAGGUCCGUCUUCGCCUAGUGGUCGUGUAAGGUCUGGUCGAGCUUGGGCUUCUACUUUUCCGGCGAUGCGUGCACCUUGUAAUGCGUAUGGAAAUGUUUAUGAUAAGUCGAUUUGGAUGUGGUAGCCUAGUAGUACAAUGUUAAUUGAUUUAUAUCUAUUCACCGAAAUCAAUACUUGUCUCUGCUUUCUUUUAAUCCCACUCUGAGAGCCCUCCCUUCCGCUUUCC